GGUGUGGUCACAGCAAACAAAUCAUCUCCCUCUCUAUGAAGCCGGCGCAGACCACAGUGCAGCAUUGGACCGUAAACUACCCAAGGGAUCACCCCGCUGCACCGGUUCCUGGACCACACCCUGCUCACCUUCCCUUCUCAUCCACUCUGGAACAGAAAAGCCUCUUGGAUCCUCCCUCACUGGACAGCUGCACCAGCAUACCCAUCCGAUCUCGCAUCCAGCAGCACAUCCUCGAUCCCACCUCCUUGCCUUUCUCUCCAGAGGCAACAUGGAGAAGGUCACAGAGUUACUCUGCUGCUAUAAAAACUACAACUUCAUUGCUGGUUUGACGACCGCAGAGUUCAUCGAUUCCCUCCAGUCCUUUGAAGUUCGAGACAGCGACAUCUUCCUUGUUACUUAUCCGAAGUCAGGAACCAUCUGGACUCAACAGAUCAUCAUCUCCAUCUGCGAGCUGGACGGAGGACUGAAUGAAUAUCCAAUGAACUGGAAGCAGAUGCCCUGGCUGGAGUACUCGAUGCCUGAGGAAUACAUCAACAGACCGUCUCCUCGACUCUAUACCAGCCACCUCACUCCGGCUCUUUUACCUCCAGGACUGAAGACAAAGAAGGCGAAGGUCAUCUAUGUGAUGCGGAAUCCAAAAGACAAUGUUGUCUCCUACUAUCACUACAGCAGGGCAUGUUCUCACCUGGAAACUCCAACAAGCAUUGAAGCUUUUCUCCAGCAGUACCUGAAGGGAAACGUUGCAGGGUCAUCCUGGUUUGACCAUAUUCGGGACUGGCAUUCCACUAAAGACCAGUACAACAUCCUCUUCCUCAGCUAUGAGGACAUGAUUUUGGACCUGAAAGGAGCAGUGAAAAAGGUCUGCAGCUUCUUGGGGAAAAACCUGAGUGAAGCCGCCGUCGAGCAAGUUGUUGAAAAGGCUACAUUUAAGAACAUGAAGAAAGACCCAAAAGCAAACUAUGAGUUUGUCCCAAAAGUGCGGGUUCAAGGAAACUUUAUGCGCAAAGGUCAAAUCGGUGACUGGAAGAACUUGCUCACUGCUGAACAGAGCCAGGAAGUGGAUCGACUCCUUCAGGAGAAACUGGGCGAAUUGUCUCUGAAGUUCAUCUGGGAAUAAAGUCGCCACAGCAGCUUUAAGGGACGAUGUCUGACUGAAGUCAUGUCUCUGUGAUGUUCACUCAUUUUGGCACCAAUCUGGCUUUCUGAGACUUAGCUCUUUUAGUUUUGUAGUUGCAGCAACCAACAUUUGAUCAAGGCUAUUUUCAAGUGAAAAUGGACAACGUGUGCUUGCUUUUUGGGUGUUGGAGACUCUCAAGAGAAGAGAUGGUCCACUGAAAGUAAAUGACAGAAACAAGGGUCUGUGACAGGUGGUACAGUGGGUCAUCUCUCCAUCAGGAUGUGAUAGGUUUGAUCCCCACUUCCCUCUGCCCACAUGUCAAUUGUUGACAGUGCUAAAGCGAAACCAGAGUGAUAGAAGUAAACGCUCAAGAUCAUAUUAGAAGAUGCAUGCUUAUUAUUUAUGGUUCUUUGAAUUCAAAAUCCCAAAGUUGUUGGCUUUCAUACAACAAAUGUGUAGAAGAUGAGACAUUUAAU